CACCGAGUAUCACCCCAUCCCCAGAACACACCUACGACCUCCCACCCACCGUAAUCGCAAAGCCUCUUCCAGUCCGCGACCCCAAACAAAAACCCACCAAGGGCAAGCCACAACCAAAAUCACAGACGACAACCACAUCAUCUCAAUCCACCCGCAAAUCCAAAUCGAAACCCAACUCCACCAACCCCGCAACAGGAUGGGCAGACGACACCCCCCGGGCCUUCCGUCGCAUAAUGCAAUUCCAGAGCGGAGCGAAACCUCAAAAGAAACGCAAACGGAACAAUGAUGACUCUGACGAUUCUGACUCCGAAGAGGCGCCAGUGCCCGUAACCACCGGACAGAAGAAGAAGAAUCAGAAGAAGAGCGCACCCGCGCCCACGCCCAUCGCCAAGAACAACAUCGAAGAAAAGGAUGAGGAAGAGGAAGGGGAGGAUGAAGAAGAGGAGAAGAUAAUCAAACCGAAGAUCAUGCCGGGAGAAAAACUCUCCGAUUUCGCGGCGCGAGUUGAUCGUGAAAUGCCCCUGUCGAACAUGAAGCGCAGCAAUAAGCCGGCGGCGGCUGAUGUGCCCAAGAUCCGGGAGACGAGGGUGACGAAGCAUGAGAAGCAUUUGCGGCGGCUGCAGGAGCAAUGGCGGAAGGAUGAUAAGGAUAUUCUGGAGCGGGAGGCGGCGGAGAGGGAGGAAAGGGAGGAGGAGAUGGAGGAGCAGUUGAGGUUGUGGGGGGAGUGGGAUGUUGAGGCCGGGAAGCGCAAGGCGAAGAAGAGUGGGGGAGGAGCGAAGAAGAAGGAGGUGGUGAGGGAUGAUCCGGAUCCGUGGGCCAAGUUGAAGCGCGAACGGAUGAACAAGCAGAUCAGUCCGUUGGAUGUGGUGCAGGCGCCGCCGCAGUUGACCAAGCCCAGGGAGAUUUUCAAGGUGCGCGGCGGAGCCAAGGUCGAUGUGGCUAACGUGCCGGCGGCGGUGGGCAGUUUGAGACGGCGAGAGGAGCUGGCUAAUGAGAGAAGGAACAUUGUCGAUGAGUAUCGGCGGUUGAUGGCCGAGAAGAGAAGGGGAUGAUGGAUCUUUUAGAUAAUAAUUAGAUGGUAAUACCCAGCUGGAAGAAACGAAGAUAU